GUCUAGUUGAGUUUAUGUUUUUCAUGCUGGUGACGCUAACAGAGUUGGGCUCUCGAGAGUCUCGCCGAGUUAAGUGAACCGUGAGCGUAUUGUUCUAUGCCAUGAGCUAACUGUUAUAAUAUAUUUUCGAGUUUCUCGCUUCCUAUGUCCUCGAUUUCUCAUUAGUCAAGAGUCGUUACUCAUUAAACGACAUAACCAGUCGUCUAUGGACAUACCGACAGUCCACGUUAUGAUCUGUCGAAUUUCAAUCAGCGUAACGUGAUGCCACGACCCACUGCUUCUAUCAGCAAUCGUGAAACUUCGUUUCCAUAACAAAACAAACCAUUUCUGAAACGCUGGAUAAAUGCAUUGAGAAUAUGUUGGAAUAUGUACAGCUAAUAUAAAUUAUCAAUCAACACUUAUAAUAACCAAGUUUAUAUUCCUAUUCAAUCGAUUACUAUUGAUAUUGAUUUAGACCAAACAGUUAAUUAUCCCUGUAAAAUGAAUACUAAUACAAAUCGUUAAAGAAAUAUGAAGAAAAAUAUUUCAACAAGAAAAAACCUCGGAAAAAAACGAACUUUAGGAUCAACUUUUUGGGUUCGUAAUAGACUUCCGUGCAGGAAUCGCAUUGGUAUGGGAUAUAAAAAAUACUAUGCGCAGCUUCAAAGAAUGAAUAUCAGAAUAAUUGCACAAAUUAAAGAACUAGCGUCUCAGCCAGAAGACUGGAAAGACGCUUAUUUAAGUUAUUUAGAAUUUCAAGAAAGAGUUCUUGAAACAGAAGUGGAUUUAUUAAGGAUGGGUAUAGAUACAUCACAAUAUUCAGCAUUUCGUAGAGAAGAAGGUAGAGAUAGAGUUCAAGAUGGAGUUGAAGAAAAUAGAGAUAGAGUUCAAGAUGGAGUUGAAGAAGAUAGAGAUAGAGUUCAAGAUAGAGUUCAAGAAGAUAGAGAUAGAGUUCAAGAUGGAGUUCAAGAAGAUAGAGAUUCAGACUGUGAAAUAAUUUUUGAAGAUAGAGAUUCAGACUGUGAAAUAAUUUUUGAAGAUAGAGAUCAAGAUGGAGUUGAAGAAAAUAGAGAUAGAGUUCAAGAUGGAGUUGAAGAAAAUAGAGAUGGAGUUGAAGAAGAUAGAGAUAGAGUUCAAGAUGGAGUUGAAGAAGAUAGAGAUUCAGACUGUGAAAUAGUUUUUGAUGACAGUAAAUAUUGUGAUUUAUCUUUAGAAUGCGAUAUGAAUCCAGAUAAUUGUAUUCCCUUAGAUGGACAAGAUUUUAAUAAUACGUCUAUCUGUUUUACUGAAGAACACUUAAUUCCUGGAAGUUAUGAAAUUUGCGAGUCAAAGGAGUCAAGUGAAUCUUGAAAAAUAUCAUAAGGUAACUUUAUGUGAUAUAUAUUAUAAUAUACAUACAUCCUGUACCAAAUUAUCAUUUUUGUUUAGUAAUGUACAAUAUAAUAAUUACUAAAUAUAAUACUUACGGUCACCCAAAGAUGUCUUAUGGACAUUUUAUGUGCAGAAGAUAACCUGUAAUGUGCCAAACCUGUGGGGAACCUCUUACAGUCAAGCACCUCCUUGUCUACUGUCGAAACCAUAUAAAAACCAAAAAAAGCCUAGAAAUGUCUGACAACCUCUUCGAACCCCUUAGCCCAAUCCAAGACAACACUAAUAAAAUCAUCACAUUUCUAAAACUUAUUGAUAUAUAUAACUUAAUCUAAGGAAACCAUUUAUUAUAUAUAUGCAAAUAAUUUUUUUUUUACAAGCUAAUAGUUGAUGCUGUACCAUAAAUAAAAAAAAAUAAUUAUAAUAAUACUUAAAUAUUUUGUUAAUUUAUCAUAUUUUAAAUUUAUAAUAAGCAGUAGGUGUGUACCUAUUAAUUAAUUGUUUUUGAGUAAAAAUCGGUACCUAGUUUCAAAAAUAACUAUUGGAAGUUAUAUAAUUGAUUACAAUGUUUUGUUAUAAAGAGUACAAUGAUGACAUGAUGGCAACCAUAAAUUGUAGUACACUUGUAUUUAUGUUCAUUAUAUUAUUUUUAAAUAAAGCUUGAUUUGUAUAACUUAUUUCUCAUGGACAUAGAUUUAUAUUAAUAUUUACAAUAUUGUUUUUACUUUUUUAAGAUAUAUUAUAACUACCUUUUAAGAGGAUGUUACAUGUGUAUGUGUUGUCUCUGUUUUACAAAUAUACAAUAGCAAAAACUGCUUUGCGCCGGAUAGAACCACUUAGACUGUAGUGAUAGUUAAGACUCCAAUUUGAUAUACUAUACACUUAAUAUUAUCUGUGAAAUAUUGUUUUCAUUUUUUAGGUAUCACACAAAAAAAGUUCUUAUUGUUUCAAAAUACAUCAUGUUUUUAAAACUUCAAUAACUUUUUUGUAGUUGCGAAAAAUAGAAAUGAUAUUUCACAGUUAAAGUUCUCCUUUUUAUGUGGUGAAAAUGUUGGUUCUUAGUUAUUAAUGUAGUCUUUUUGGUUCUUUCCUGCACAAAAAAAUGUUUGACAUUUGUAAAACGGAUACAACACCAUGUGGGUGUAACUUCCUAAUAAUUAAAUUUACUAAUUACCAAAUAAUGUUUGUAUUAUGUAUAUUUAUUAUGAUGUAUUAUAGUAUAAGAUGUGUUAGAUAAUAUGAAUGACAUGAAAUUUAGAUCUUAAGACAGCAUUAAUAUUUUACUCAGAUACGUAUUCAAAUUAGUCUUUACUUAAGAGGACACCCCACAGCUGCAUGUGUUUUCUCUGUAUGACAAAAGUAUAACGUAGCAAAUUUUACAUUAACCGUAAUCCAUUUUACUCUGUUAUUUUUAAAAUUUAUGUGAAUUUAAUUUAAUUUUAUUAAUGUCAUAAAAAGUUAAUGUUUUAAUAAAGAGUAAAAAUAAUUACAACUUUA